CUGUUUGCAAAAUAGGUUGGUCCUUGAAUCCAAUAAUAUAUUCUUUGCAGCAGAGAGAAAGCAACUUCUAUUCGGCCAGAUUGGGGUCCGGUGACUUUCGAGGACGUAUCUGUGCAUCUCACUGAGGUGGAGUGGGCUCUACUGGAUCCAGGCCAAAGAAGCCAUCAGAAAGAAGUCAUGGAGGACAAUUGUCAGGCUGUGGCCUCUCUGGAGGCUGAUGAUUCCCAGAAAAACUCUGAGAGACAACCACAUGAGCUCCCAUCAGAAGGGAAACAGCAGAGAAUAAGCAGUGGAACAACACGGAAGAGGAGGAAUGAAUCCUCUUCUUCUCAGGGUGCUGGAUCCCAGGACAACUUACCAUACUGUGGAAGCAUCAGUUGCCCCAUAUGUGGAAAAACAUUCAUUUAUCAAUCAGAGUUUAAUACGCACUGGAGAAAACACACAGGGGAGAAACCAUAUAAAUGUGCAGACUGCGGAAAGAGCUUUACUCAGAGAACACAUCUUAUUUUACAUCAACGUAUCCAUAGUGGGGAGAAACCAUAUAAAUGUGGAGAAUGUGGAAAAUGCUUUGCUCGGAGUGCACAACUUACUAUCCAUCGACGUAUCCAUACUGGGGAGAAACCAUUUAAAUGCUUGGUGUGUGGGAAGAGCUUUGCUCGGAGUGCAAACCGUAUUGCUCAUCAACGUAUCCACACAGGAGAGAAACCCUAUAAGUGUGUAGACUGCGGAAAGAGCUUUACUCAGAAUUCCCAUCUUAUUUCACAUCAGCUUAUCCAUACCGGGGAGAAACCAUAUAAAUGUGUGGAUUGUGGAAUGCUCUUUGCUCAGAAUACAGAACUUACUGUACAUAGGCGUAUCCACACAGGAGAGAAACCCUAUAAAUGCGUGGACUGUGGCAAGAGCUUUGCUCGGAAUACACAGCUUACUAUCCAUCGACGUAUCCACACAGGGGAGAAACCAUAUCAAUGUAUGGACUGCGGAAGGAGCUUUACUCAGAGCACACAUCUUAUUUUGCAUCAACGUGUCCAUACCGGGGAGAAACCAUAUAAAUGUGUGGACUGUGGAAAGAGCUUUGCUCGGAGUACCCUGUUUAUUGCUCAUCGAUGUAUCCAUACCGAGGAGAAACCAUACAUAUGUGUGGACUGUGGAAAAUGCUUUGCUCAGAGUGCACAGCUUACUGUCCAUCAAUGUAUCUACUCAGGAGAGAAACCAAAUAACUGCUAAGAUUGUGCUAAAUUAUAAAUGCUUAAUUAAAUAAAUGCUGAUUUCUUAAAUAAUAUAUAAAUGCUUCCACUGCGGCAACAGCUUCAGCUACAUGGCCUCUCUUUCCUGGCUUCAUGAAGUCCACAUAGGGGAGUAAGUGUGCCUUCUAUCGAAGGCAUCAGAAGAAGGGCAAGCUGUAGAAAUGUUCACUUAGUGUCUAGAGGUUUUCUGCUAAAAUUUGGCCCAUAUACAACUUAUGAAUUGCUUUGUUUGUUUUCCAACUAAAAAACUUGGAAGACAGUUUAUUAUAAAAUGGGAGUAAUUUGUCCUACCCUGUUAACAUGUGUUGUGGAGUGUUAAUAGUUUUUUUUUUUAGAACUAGGGAUCCUAGUUUGCUAUUUUUGCUGCUCCAUCGCCUGGAUACCUGGAUAUCCAGGUAUCUUUUGUAACUCUCAUGUACUUAUAACUAGAAAUUAGCAGCUUCUGUCAUUUUUUCAUUCAGCUAGUUUGAUUGAUCUUCCUAAAUAUUGUGUGCUUUCUGUUUUAUAUUCCAGUGUGAUCCAAUAAAGAUUUUUCUUUAGUUAAGAA